AUGUUGUAUCAAGAGGAAGAAAUGGAUUAUGCAGCUGCUGAUUAUGAGAUGGGUGUAGUAGAAGAUGAUUUGUAUGAUGGUGGUCGAAUAAUGGGAGACACGGAAUCGAACGAGGCGGUUGAGGAUGAUCACGACAGUUUGGGGGAGAUAACUGAUGCUUCAGCUGCUGAAGCACGGAAAGGGAAGGAUAUCCAAGGAAUCCCAUGGAAGAAGCUGAGCAUAUCGCGGGAUAAGUAUAGACAGUCUAGAAUAGAACAGUAUAAGAACUAUGAGAAUGUACCCCAAUCUGGGGAAGUUUCAGAGAAGGAAUGCAAAGUAACACAGAAAGCUGACUCACCACAGCUGAAUGCUACAGACGGACAAUACUUUGCACUGUUGAGGAACCUAGUCUGGUCGACAUCAAAGCAUGAUGUUUAUUUAAUGUCACAUUUCUCUAUUAUCCAUUGGUCUUCACUAAGUUCUAGAAAGACAGAAGUUCUUAAUGUUUCUGGUCAAGUGGUUCCUUCCGAGAGACACCCUGGGAGUUUACUGGAAGGAUUAUCUCAGACUCAAGUAAGUACUAUGGCUGUCCGUGAUAAUUUGUUGAUUGCUGGAGGGUUCCAAGGAGAACUUAUUUGCAAGUACCUAGACGGACCUGGUGUUAGCUUUUGCACGAGGACGACUUGUGAAGAAAAUGCUAUGACAAAUGCAAUCGAGAUCUAUGAUAAUCCAAGUGGCGCUGUUCAUUUCACAGCUUCAAAUAAUGAUUGUAGAGUACGGGAUUUUGACAUGGAGAGAUUUCAGCUUGUGAAGCAUUUCUGUUAUCCGUGGCCUGUAAAUCAUGCUUCUCUUAGUCCAGAUACCAAGAUUUUAGCUAUUGUCGGUGACAAUCCUGAGGGAAUACUCGUAGAUUCUCAAACCGGGAAGACAAUUGCUACUCUUUCCGGGCAUCUCGAUUUCUCUUUCGCCUCCGCAUGGCACCCAAACGGCCACUUCUUUGUUACCGGGAACCAGGACAAGACCUGCCGGGUGUGGGACGCUAGGAACCUUUCCAAAUCAGUUUACGUACUCAAAGGGAACCUUGGCGCCAUCCGGUCCAUCCGUUUCUCGUCUGACGGUCAGUUUAUGGCUAUGGCUGAGCCCGCCGAUUUCGUCCAUUUGUACGAAGUUAAGAGCGAUUAUGACAAGGAGCAAGAGAUAGACUUUUUUGGCGAAAUAUCUGGAGUCUCUUUCAGUCCUGAUACCGCGUCUCUUUUUAUUGGCGUGUGGGACCGCACGUACGGGAGCCUCCUUCAGUACAAUCGGAGCACGAGCAAUUCUUAUCUGGACUCUCUAUAG